GUGAUGUGUUCUGCAAAGCCAGGAGCCUGGAAAGUAUCUACACUAAAGUUAACUCGUCUUUACGAUCAAACGACUCUCUGGAGACACGUCUCUGGGUCUCUCUUAUCCCCGUUCGCCGUGGCUGAACUUCCUUCAGUUGUCGUUCGCCAUUCGAGCGUUACGGGUUAUCAGUUUUGCGGCUCACUUGGCUUAUACACGCGAUCCAAUCACCGUGUCAAUCAAAUCCCGAGUACCCAUUACAUCACCGAACAACUUGGCAUCUAACAAACAUCAACUGCCACCUAAAACCAUCAGCCGGCUCGCAGACAUCGAACGAUUAAAGAUCUAUUAGGAUCAAUCAAGGACUUGAUUCAAUAUCCUCGAUAGAAUUGUGUAAAAUUGCUGCUAUUGAUACACCAUUAAGUUUUUUUUUUAAUAUCAUUAAUUUUACUGUUUAAUUAAAAGACCCAAAAAAUAUUUAACGCCAUUAAAAAAAUAAUUGAAAGAUCUCAGACGUGGAUAAAUUUCUGGCGCCUGUAACCGGGGAUUAAUCUUAAUAUUCAACAGUCACGAUACUUUAUAAAAUUCAAAAUAAAUGUAUUAUGAAUAAUGGAAUACGUGUGAACAAAAAAAUUGCCAAUGAACUUGCAAUUAUAAAAUUAUAAUGGAAUUUGACAAUUACCCUCAAAUUUAUAAAUUUAAAUAAUCAGACAAUUAAGCAUUCAAAUAAAUUUAAAUGGCAAUGUCACUAGUCUGCUAUUAAAGUAAUUUAAGUGCAAAAUAAAAAAACAAAUAUUUUUUUAUCUCCAUAAAAAGAAAGAAGAAAACUUUUAAAACAAAAUUAUCUAGUCUUCAAAAUGUCAUUAGCAAACUUUAGCCUGCCAUUUCCAGUGGCCACACCGUCGCCUUACUUAUACACACCAAGUAUUUCUGAGUCUGUGAAUAAUUUACCAUUUAAUGGAGUGUUACCGUCACCUAAUUUUAAUGAACAGAGUAACUAUCAUAAUCAACCAUAUCUACCACCUGCUUAUCAACGUUCACAUUAUCCAGUGCAAUCACAAAACCCAAGACGAACUCAAUACUAUAACAAUAUAAAUAAUAAUAAUAAUAAUAAUAACAACAAUAAUGAUAAUAAUAGUAAUAAUAAUAAAAACAAUAAUAAUAAUAAUAAUAAACAGCAUCAAUAUGAAAUGCAAACAACUCAAGAUUAUUUAUCCCAAGACAAUAAUUUUGAUGAUUACGACCAAGAUUAUUCAAUAACACAAUCAAGUAGAAAAAAUGACAAUAAAAAUAAUCCACAGCAAGAGAUAAGGCCACCCCUGUUAGAAAUAAAUCAAGACGAUAGAAUUGCUAAUCGUAAUGCCCCUCGUACUCAACCACAAGAUCCACAUAAUCCUCAACCUGACGGGUAUACGAAAGUUAAUUCGUAUGGAACUUCCGGUGCUAAAACUUCAGUCCAUGCAGUACUUGAUUAUGAUGACGACGAUGACGAUAAUAAUUCCAGCGAUGAAUACUACGACGAAAAUGUUCCACGUGACCCGCGCGUUACACCUAUUCAAGGACCUAUUUAUAUAAAAAAUGGAUCCGUUCCCGUUGUUCCACUUUACUCAUAUCAACAAUAUAAUAAUGGAAGUUUUUUACAAAUACCUAUCCUAUGGACCGCAUUGUCAGUGGCCUUAGGAGUAGAAUUGCAUGGUGACGUUGUCAAAGGCACACCUUGUAUCAAAAAAUACCAUCAAUUAUUUUGCCCAACUGCUGGUAAAACAUAUCCAAAAGCAAGAAUUGAACUUUUUAUUGAUGAAAAUAAAGCUUUGAUGAAACGUAUGUAUGGAGACUUUGAAACUGACAAAGAUCAUGGUCCAGUGACAAGUUCAGAUUCCAAAAGAAGAAAAAGAUCUUUUGACCCGGGUCUUCCUGACGGUGGACCGAUACUUGGAAAUAAAAAUAUGAGAAAUUCACAGUUUAUCCACGAAGGUGAUUCUUAUUUUGAGCAUAUUCGUAAUCCUCGUCAGUUGCCAAAAAAUAACCAUAAUGACAGUGGAAGACUUGAUGUCUGUGAAUCAAAAACUGAAGUUGUAACUCCUUAUUGGGCAAGUAAUAGUGCCGGAAAAGUAAGAGCUGUUGUUAAUACACAACAUUUUGAACAGGCUAUUCAUCAAGAAGUUUGUUCGAAAACUCAAACAAAUCGUUGCACAGGAGGCUGUGGAUGCGAACAAAAGUACAAAUGGCACAGACUGCUCGCUUAUGACCCGGAUGAUGACUGCAAAGGUAUUUUUAUGGACUGGUUUCUCUUUCCGUCCUGUUGCGUUUGUCGCUGUGAUCCACAUGCCAAGUUUCCCGGUACUGGGACUGACACUACCACUAAUACCGGUACAAGCGCGAGCACCAAACUAAAUUCCAACACCAAACCCAUCACUAAUCGAAGCGGUUAAUUCGACUGUAUUAUUCACUUUUAUCAACUCCAAUUUAAACUUUGGAAAACUUUCAGAAAACGGUUUUCAACCCAAAAGUUUUUCAACUUCUAUAAUUUCAAUAAUUUUCAAUUUCACCAUCACAAUUAAUUUUAUUUUUUUUUUAUUUAUUUAAGGAAGUAAUUAAAUACUGUAAUUUUUUUUUUUUAGUCUAAACAUUUUUUAUGCGAUUGUUGUCAUUGGAAAUUAUUUUGCCACUGAUAACAUCGUGAUUGCGAGUCGGGAAUGAUGCAAUUAAUCAUAUGCUAGAUAAUUUGUAUUAUAAUUGUAAGAAAUAUAAAAAUCAUCCAUAUUUUUUUAUAAAUAAUUUUUAAGUAGAAAUAAAAAAAUUCGAAUUUUUAAAUAAAUAAUUUUGUUUUUGUAAUUAAUAAUUCAUAUGUAUAUAAUUAUGAUUAUUAUUUACGUUAUUUUGAUACUCUAAAAAUUUUUGAUAAAUAAUAAAAAGUAAAU